UACAGCAUUACCAAGAGAAUAGUUAUAUUAAGUCGACUUUUUUCGACGGCACAAACGUAAGACUUGCCCUUCCAGUUGUGUCAUGGUGGGCGGCCAGACCUGAACCCUCUCUUCUCGACUCCAUAGAGCGUCAAAAGCAUAAAAAUCCUACAACAACUCUCAGCUCCCAAAGUUACUCCCGGAUCAUUCUAACAAGAAAAAUGACCGCUGAGUGCUAUGUGGUGGUGCACAACAUAGCGAAACGGCACAACGUGGGCACACUGGCCCGGAGCGCCACGGCCUUCGGCGUCUCCGAACUGAUAUUAGUCGGCCGCCGGGACUUCAACGCCUUUGGAAGCCACGGCUCCACCUCCCACGUCCGCUUCCGCCACUUCCAUUCCCUCCCUGACGCCCGCCUAUUCCUCAAGGACAAAGAUUGUGAUAUUUGUGGGGUGGAGAUCACAGACACUGCUAUGGCUGUCAAUGAUCAUCCUUUCAAGAAAAGCACCGCUUUUCUACUCGGAAACGAGGGAACAGGCCUUUCUGCUAAAGAAUGUGAGAUAUGCGACUUUUUUGUUUAUAUCCCACAGUAUGGGUGUGGUACUGCUUCGUUGAAUGUUACAGUAGCAGCUUCCAUUGUAUUGCAUCAUUUUGGAGUUUGGGCAGGCUUCCCUGAGAGAACCCGUGAUGGGAGCAAGUUUAUUGUGGCUGAGAGACCUGUAAAACAGGCGAGACGAAAUUACUGUUCAGAAACAGCUGAUGCCAUAAUUGAAGAGCGCAAAUCUAGGAGGGAAAAUGCUACUAAUGGUUUCUUUGAUGAGAGUGAAAGUAGCAAUUCAGCCUCUAACCUUCUGGAUGCCUUGUUUGGCAAUGAUUGAUUGAAGGGAGUAAACUAUUUGAUAUGAUUUUCAUCAUAAAGCAUUGAGAACAGUGGGUUGUGGGUCUGCAUUGGCUCGACUGUUGUGAAGAGAAACACAGCCCCUGCAUAAGCAGUGACUUGAGACGUCCAUUACUAGAGAAAAUUGUUGUUGUAAGUUGACCGAUUGAGAGAAGCUUGUUGGUAAAAGGGAUUUGUUGCAAGCUUCUUGAUAUUAAAUGAGCUUUGAUCAAUUUUUCUUGGAUCAUCUCUCUAUGUAAUUGCAGUAGUAAGGAUCAUAUUAUUCUUUUCAUUUUCUUUCUGAUAAUUAUGAGAAAUUAUUUGAUGAGUCAA